AUAAUCUCACCUGACCUUUUGGCGGUUUAUGUUUUACCCCGGGCGCUUGGACUUGGAGGCUUUCUCGCGAACUGCGAUUGAUUGUUCACUCUGUUAUUUCCAUAAAGUCCCAUCAUGCCAGCUCCUCUUUCCGUUCCUUUUGCUUUCCCUUUCUCACUUUCUGCUUAUUCCUUCCUUCUUCUUUCCUUCCCAUUGAUGUUCAAGCCUUCAUCUUCCUCUCACCCCCACUCAUUUCUCAUCCCCAAUUCAUGAGGUCACUCUCCAAUGCUUGAUCCUUCCUCUCCCGCCAUGAACGACCAGCUCUCCAGACCCACCUCAAUCUUCGGACUCCGCUUGUGGGUUGUGCUCGGGGUAUGUGUAGGAGCCGCCAUCGUGCUGCUUCUCUUCCUCCUUUCAAUCUGGCUCGUUUCAAAGCGCUCCAAGACUAACCCCACUCAAAGGCCAUCCAUCCCGCUCGUCUCCAAAGAGAUCCACGAGAUUAGAAUCGACCAUCACCACGAUUCCAAGCUCAGAGGGACCCGUAUCCCAGUCGACCCGUCUCCCGAACUCGAUCCAAUUCCCGGAAUUGAGCGCCAGGCUCUGCUCCCAGCAUCGGAAGAAGAAAGCCCAUCGGGGAUCAAUAGAAUUCAAUUUGAGAUUGGGAAGAAUCACAGAAUUGCGUACCCUGAGCGUGCUCUGGCUCGGUCGUCUUCACACGGAAGCGGGGAGGCACGGCCCGUCGACCAGGGGCCUACGGUGAUUCCUGAAGUCUCGCAUUUGGGUUGGGGCCACUGGUAUACUCUGAGAGAGCUUCAGGACGCGACGAAUGAGUUCGCCGACGAGAACGUCAUCGGGGAAGGCGGCUACGGAAUUGUUUACCAUGGUAUUCUGAAGGACAAUACUCAUGUCGCUGUUAAGAAUUUGCUCAAUAAUAGGGGACAAGCUGAGAAAGAGUUUAAGGUCGAAGUGGAAGCUAUAGGACGAGUCCGACACAAGAAUUUAGUAAGGUUGCUAGGAUAUUGCGCUGAAGGAGCUCAUAGAAUGCUCGUAUAUGAGUACGUUGACAAUGGGAACUUAGAGCAGUGGCUGCACGGGGAUGUUGGGCCUUGCAGUCCUCUCACUUGGGAAAUUCGAAUGAACAUUAUUUUGGGAACAGCGAAAGGGUUAGCUUAUCUUCACGAGGGGUUGGAACCAAAAGUUGUUCACCGUGAUAUUAAAUCAAACAACAUUCUGAUCGACAAGCAAUGGAAUUCAAAGGUGUCAGACUUUGGGCUUGCCAAACUCCUCGGCUCUGAGAGCAGCUACAUUACAACACGUGUCAUGGGCACUUUUGGAUACGUAGCUCCCGAAUAUGCAAGUACUGGAAUGUUAAAUGAACGAAGUGAUGUGUACAGUUUCGGAAUUCUUAUAAUGGAAAUAAUUACAGGCAGGAAUCCAGUUGAUUAUAGUCGGCCUCCAGAAGAGGUGAAUUUAGUUGACUGGCUCAAGAAGAUGGUUAGUAACAGGAAUGCAGAGGGAGUGUUGGAUCCCAAGCUCCCUGAGAAACCAAGUUCAAGGGCACUCAAGCGAGCCCUUCUUGUUGCUUUGCGUUGCACUGACCCUAAUGCACAAAAGCGACCUAAAAUGGGGCAUGUCAUACAUAUGCUUGAAGCUGAGGAUUCUCCUCACAAAGAGGAUCGGAGGGCAAAAAGGGAUGCGGGAAAUUCAGCUAAUGAUGAGGAUAGGUUAAAAGAGGAGGCAACUGUGACAAGUGAUGAUGGUAAAGUUUGAGAGAGAGAUGCAGCAAAGCCAGUGAGACAAGACCACGCCUUCAAGGGGAAAAGCAACGAAUUAUGCAUAGCUGUAUCUAUAAUGAAUCAGAAGCUUGUGUUGCCCAACGCCCAUUACUUUACAACCUGUCAUUUGCAACUGCUAAAUGCGAUUUUAGUCCACCAGGCUCCAGCAUAAUUGGUCUUGUAUAUAUUUUUUGGCUUCUUAACCCCAGUCCAUAGCCUCAAUACCUUCAGAAGGAGCUCUGCUUUAUUUUCUCUGUUCUUGCCUUUGCCUUUAUGGAGGGAAGCUUGCAGCUUUAUGUUGGAUCGGGGCAUGUAAAGUUAUAUCAUAUUAUAGCUGAUAUCAUCCAUUAUGAAGUGGUUGUUAUAUGUCUUUUGUUUUGAUCUGCCUGAACUUUGAAAACACAGUGCAUUGUCGAUAUUGUUUUUACUACAGCAAAGAACACUCAAAGACGAGA